AGAACGUAAACAACAAGAAAAUGUAAAUAAUUUUAGAGGUGCUUUUGGUUUUUGCACCAUCAUUGUAAUGGCUAAACUUUCAUUGUUCUAGUUUAUGUACUAAGAAGACGUAAUGUUUUUCAAACGUGCCUAUUUACAAUCUAAACUUAAAUCAUUGAUCCUAAUGAAAUGAAUGCUUUCAGUAAAAUUUUGAACAAACACAUUAACCCGAAAAUGUGGAUUUUUGGUGACCUCUAUCCCCCUCUCGGACUGACAGGGUUCUUUAGUGCUUUUCUUGUGUGUUGUCUUAGCUUCUAUUUAUUCAAAAAAAUUAGCGCAGAUGUUAAUGUACCAGUAAGGGACUCCACUAGAAACCACAGCUGGACGUCUAUUAAAGUCACAUCAAAAGCUUGGUAUUGCUCUAUUUGUGAAUCAUUUUUACUACAUGGAAUUGGUGUAUAUUGCGAUUGCUGUGGUGUCUGUGCAGAUCCUGAUUGUGUAAAAAAGGCUAAUCAGAAAUUGCCAUGCAAAGCAGUAACUAGCGGUAGUGACUACCAUCUUCAUCACUGGGUGAAAGGUAAUUUACCUUUGGGUGCCAUUUGCACUAUAUGCGAUGAGGAUUGUUCUAUGGAGCUUGGUUUAACGGAUUAUCAGUGUUGCUGGUGUCAAAGAACGGUGCAUAAAGAUUGUUUGCCAGAGGUUGAAGAGGUAUGUGACUUUGGACCUUACAGAAAUAUGAUUGUGCCCCCUUGGUGCGUGCAAGUUGCUAGGCGCAAGGGUGCUUUACAUAAACACUUGUUAUUAAGAGGUGUGAAAGACCCCGGUUGGGACAAAUGGACCCCUUUAGUUUUGAUAGCUAAUAAGAAAUCAGGAAAUGGUGACGGAGCUGUGGUUUUAUCGGAAUUUCGAAAGUAUUUGAACCCCGUUCAAGUUAUAGAUUUAAACGAGAGAAAACCUGCUGCUGCACUGCAGUGGUGUGUCCUUUUAGCUCCUAAAGUGGUGCAUAUAUUGGUUGGUGGGGGGGAUGGGACGAUUUCUUGGGUUUUAACAACAUCCCAUAAGUUGGAUCUCGAUCCUGAACCGCCUCUAGCUAUUAUUCCUUUAGGUACUGGAAAUGAUCUGUCUAGAGUUUUGGGUUGGGGCAAGGAAAAUCCUGCAGAAUUACAAGUUGAUACUAUUUUAAAAAACAUACAGGAAGCUAGAUUCUCAGAUUUAGAUAGGUGGAAAGUUGAGAUGACCUCAACAAGACAUUUAGGCUUAAAGUUACCCAAUAAAACUUACUUUAUGUAUAAUUAUCUCAGUGUAGGUGUUGAUGCCCAAGUAGCUUUAAAUUUCCAUAAAACUAGAGAUAGUGCUUUUUACGUAUACGGGAGCAGAUUGUUUAAUAAGAUAUUGUAUUUGUGCUUCGGGACCCAACAGGUUGUAAAUGCUAAUUGCAAGAAUUUGGAACAGCGGAUCGAUCUAUAUUUAGACGGCGUGCAUGUGAAUUUGCCCGAAUUAGAAUCUAUCGUAAUACUCAAUAUUUCGUCUUGGGGAGCUGGAGUGAAUUUGUGGGGUAUGAGUGGUGAUAGCGGAACGAGAAUGAUCCAGUCUUAUCAUGACGGCAUUUUGGAGGUUGUCGGCAUUUACUCGUCAUUCCAUAUGGCCCAAUUGCAAGUUGGACUGUCGUGCCCUCUGAAACUAGGCCAGGCAAAAGUUGUAGAGGUGAGACUUAAAGAAAAAGCUCCGAUCCAAAUAGACGGGGAACCAUGGGAGCAACAUCCUGGUAAGUUGAGGGUUUCCUUUGUUAACCGAUGCCCCGUUCUGGUUAAUCAGGGCAACAAAAUUUAAUCUUCCAACUAAUUGUGAUUGCACCUUCAUGUUUAUAUCUUUAUAUGCUGGCCGUUGUUUAAUAUAAUCGAAUUCUUUGUUGCAAGAUAUUAAAUUUAUCGAAUAGUAUAGUAUGUAUAUCCACGGAGUAGUACAGAAAAAUGCACUGAAUGUCUUAUUUUUUUAUGCUUUUGUUUUAAAAAGUUGUAAAUCAUAUGAUUCCCUGCAAUAUUAAUGUUAUAAUAAUUGUUUUAUAUUUAGAAAUUGAUUCAUUGUUUAGUAAUAGACGAUUUUAUUAUUAUGUUUAUAUAUUUUUUUUAUACAAUUUUUUUUAUGAAAAAAAUAAUAGUACUAAAAAAUGUCCUUAAAAUUCAGUGCCAUAAAAAUAUCAGUAAAUAAACUUGUAUUUAAUUAGUAAAUAUUUUUUCUUAAUUGUACUUAUAUAUUUCUCAUACAAAUAUUACUUAGAUAAUUAAAUACUUUAAGUACAAAAGUUUUAUUCCAAACAUAGAAGAUGCCAAAGAUUGUUAGUUUUUUCUAUUAGUAUUAUGAAAUAUGAAUUUUAUUCGCGAUAUUUCUAUAUGUAGUAUAUUUUUAUGUCAAGAUUUUUCAUUAAU